AUGCCGCCAUCUCUUCCAAAUUCAAAUGUGCUCGACGCCGCGGUGCAGACUGUUUCGUGUGGGACCCUGUGCACAUCCUGCAACAUUUUGCACAGAAAAGUGGACACACUGACGCAACGCAUACAGGAACUGGAAGGUGCCAACAAGGAGCUUUCUGCACAGUUGGCAGAGCAACACAAUGUGUAUCUGAUGCCAGAGAAUAAGCUUGCAUUCUAUACAGGCAUUCCCAAGGCAACAUUCCUUGCACUACUGGCUGCUGUUGUAGCCUGCCUUCCACCAGCACACACAAAGAUGCCACAUUCUGCUCAGCUCCUCAUGGUCUUAAUGAAAUUGAGGCUGGCACUCACAUACCAAGACUUGGCAUAUCGCUUCAACAUCCACAGACAUACUGUCAGCUCCAUCUUUAAACUGUGGAUAGGACCCCUUUCAUCGCUGUGUGCCAACCUCAUCACCUUUCCAAGUCCCUCAGUCGCACAAAGCUGGCUAACAAAGAAGGAGAGAAAGAAAUUCCCACGGUUGCGUGCUAUCAUAGAUUGCACAGAGGUGAAGGUGUCACGGCCAUACAACCUGGAUACACAGCAAGUUGUCUGGAGAAAUUAGAAACAGACUACAACACUGAAGUACCUGGUUUGUGUGAAUAACCUAGAGGCAGUGUCCUUCAUUUCCAAGGCCUACGGGGGCAGAAUAUCAGAUAAGUCCAUUACACUCAAAAGCGGUAAGUGUCACUCUUCGAUUGUUUCUGUCUACUGCUUAAUACGUGAUACUAUGGCCAUGUACUCUGACAGAGUAUGAAUUCAUAAGAGAUCUUUGACUCAACUGGUAGGAGACAGUAGUCGAAAAGGCCAGUCGGGAGCAGGGACCAAUCUGGAGCUCCACUUCUGACCGGCCUUUUCAACCACUGCCACUCUUUACAGUUAAUUACAUUGCUGGGAUUGCUGCAGGGACAUUUGUUGGUAUCAGUUCUACUGUAUGCCUUCCAGCCUCAGCACAACUAGUGA